GAAGAUGAGCUCUUCCAGUGAUUGCAGUGGAACCAAUGUAUUACAAGAAUCUUCUUCCAGUGAUAGCAAGAAUGCUGACCUUUUACAAGAAUAUAUACAUGCCUUCAUCAUUUCAAAGGUUGUCUUCUCUGCCUGUGAGCUGAAUGUGUUUGAUGUUCUGGCAGGGUCUGAGGUACCUCUGCCCCUAACAGCUAUAUCGGAGCUUUUAGGCACAAGCAUCAGAGGAACUGAAAUCUUACUUGAUGCCUGUGUGGGACUUAAACUAUUGAAAGCAGAUAAUCAAAAUGGAGAAGUGUUAUAUAAAAACACAGAACUUGCUCACCGCUACCUGAGAAAGACCAGUUCUAAGUCCCUGUUUAGUUCAAUUAUCCAUUACUCCCCAAACGUGUUCCGAAAAAUGGACUUACUUACAGACAGUGUCAAGCAAGGGAUACCGGUCUGUAAGAUGCAACAUGGAAAUCCAGAAGAUGCAUUUUUCAAUCUGUACAGAUCAGAAGAACAAAUGAUUGAAUUUUUACAAUGUAUGGAAAGCUCAUGGUUACUCUUUGACAAAGAAGCAGUUAUGUCAGCAUUUGAUCUUUCAUCCUUCAAGAUCAUCUGUGAUUUGGGAGGAGGCACAGGGACAUUGGCAAAAGUUUGUGACGCUAUGUAUCCAACCUCGUCCGUCAUUCUCUAUGAUCUACCAGAGAUAAUACAAGUCACACAGGAACAUUUUAUAUCAAAAGGGGACAAUCGCAUUUCUUUUCAGAAAGGAAAUUUUUUCAAAGAUCCUCUUCCAGAUGCUGACCUUUUUAUUCUCUCUCGUAUACUUCAUGACUGGGAUGACGACACGUGUUUGAAGCUCUUAAAAAAAAUUUACAUGGCUUGCAAACCAGGUGAUGGGGUACUUAUCAUUGAAAUGCUCUUAAAUGAAGAUCGGACUGGCCCAUUAAUAGCCCAAUUGACUAGCAUUUUGAUGUUAGUAGUAACAGAUGGAAAAGAGAGAACACUGUCUGCAUUUAAGACUCUUCUUGAAACUGCUGGAUUUAAAGAUAUUCAAUUGGGUGCAAAUGGAAAAAUAAUGGAAGUCAUCCUUGCUAGAAAGUGAAAUGUGAAAUUGUAUCAAAUAUUUGCAAAAUGAAUUUAACACUCAUUAUUUAGUUUAUGGUAUCUGCAAUCCUGUAUGGGUGAAAUGGAAAAUAUUCAGAAAACACAAUGUAAAGCAAUUCUUUUUUUUAUAAAAUGAUUAUAAAGAAUCGUUAUGAAAAUGUAUAGAUCAUAAUAUGGUUUAUUGUUAGACAAUUUGGACCUGAAACAGACAUUUUGCAUGCUAGGAAGCUAUAUUUAUAAUUCUACCACUCUAAGAACAUUAACAAACACGAAUACGUUUUUACGUGAAAUUACUAAAUGUUAAAUCCUGUAUUUUAAUUGACUUUGCACACUACAUACCCUUAUAUAACUUCAGAUAAAUUCAUUUUAUGCCGUUUGUCUUAUACCCAUCUGCCACAACAUUUAACUACUACAGUGAAUCAUAAUAUUAAGGCUUACGAUUAGUCAUAACCAAAUUAUAAGAAUAAACUGUAAAUUAAGUGAUAUUUCAUAGAUACAAUUAACAUAGAUAUAUCUUAAGAUGGAGCAUGUUUGCAGUGCAGUGUGAUACGUUUGCAGUGAUAAAAUAAUAAAGUAUUAAGAGUUUAUCCAGUGAUCAGCAAUUAAGGGGUUAAGCAUUAUACAGCAUCCAUAAUUUGGCAACAAUAACAUAUGGUAUAUGUCAGAACUUUGAAAGAUAAUUUACUAACAAAUGAAUUGUUAGUAUUA